UUGGGGCGGGGCUAACCGGGCUCUUCCCUUGGCCUGGAGCUAUCAGAAAAGGCAGGCAGGAGACUGAACCUGUGUUCCUGGCUGGAAAGAAGGCAUUCCUGCGAGUGUGAAGUCACUGCGGGUCAGAGCCCGGACUUGUGCUGCUGCCCUGUGAGCUCCCGUGGUGCUCAGCCGGCAGCCGCUGUGGCUGAGUAGCAGUGAGAGAGGAAGAGAAUGGCUUGCACUGAGUUUUCUUUUCACUUGCCAAGUCUGGAGGAGCUUGCGGAAGUUUUGCAGAAGGGGCUAAAGGAUAACUUUGCUGAUGUCCAGGUCUCAGUGGUUGACUGUCCAGAUCUAACCAAGGAGCCAUUUACCUUUCCUGUAAAAGGCAUCUGUGGGCAAACUAGAAUUGCAGAAGUAGGAGGUGUGCCUUACUUAUUGCCUCUUGUAAACAAAAAAAAAGUUUAUGACCUAAAUGAAAUUGCAAAAGAAAUAAAGCUGCCUGGAGCUUUUAUCCUUGGAGCAGGGGCAGGUCCAUUUCAGACGCUUGGAUUCAAUUCUGAGUUCAUGCCAAUUGUUCAAACAGCAAGCGAACACAACCGACCUGUAAAUGGAAGUUACUUUGCCUGUGAAAAUCCUGCAGAUGGUGAAUGCCUGCUGGAGAAAUACAGCCAAAAAUAUCAUGAUUUUGGAUGUGCACUCCUGGCUAACCUGUUUGCCAGUGAGGGCCAACCUGGCAAGGUCAUUGAGGUGCAAGCCAAGAGAAGAACAGGAGAACUUAACUUUGUGAGCUGCAUGAGGCAGACUCUGGAGAAGCACUAUGGCACCAAGCCUGUAGGGAUGGGAGGCACCUUCAUCGUGCAGAAGGGAAAAGUCAAAGCCCACAUCAUGCCUGCAGAAUUUUCUUCCUGUCCACUGAACUCGGACGAAGCUGUCAAUAAAUGGCUAAACUUCUACGAGAUGAAGGCUCCCUUGGUUUGUCUACCAGUGUUUGUUUCCAAAGACCCGGGGCUCGAUUUGCGCCUGGAGCACACACAUUUCUUCAGUCACCAUGGAGAAGGUGGACACUACCACUACGAUACCACCCCAGACACAGUGGAGUAUCUUGGCUACUUCUCACCUGCACAGUUCCUCUACCGCAUUGACCAACCCAAAGAGACCCAUGCCUUUGGGAGAGAUUAAAGCAGCUGGUUGAAUGGUUAGCUAAGGUUAAAUUACUAACCCAGCAACUGAUAGUAAUUAAAAAAUACAGUAGAGGACCAGAGAGAGAGACAGACAGACACAGACAGACAGCACUUCCCUAGAAGCCAAGGCCCUACCUUAACCCCAGCACAACUAAUUAAAGUAAUAUCACUACACGAGCACUAUUUUUAUGGCAUUUGAAAUGCAAGGAUAUGGACUUAUGGCACGAAUCUUCAUGUGAGGGAGAGUAUUAGGGACAUAGAUAACUGAGAUGCUCACUUUAGUAAACCAAUCUUGUGUCUUUAUAGCCCAGCAAAGUCUACCUUCUCUUCAUACCACAGAUAUGAAUAUGAACAGGGACCUUCCAUUAUUCCUGCUAUCUGGGAAUAACUGACAUUUGUGUGGCAUUACUAAAUGUUUCAAGUUCACCCCACAAGGGCUAAGGGAUUAUUACUGAGCAUUAGACGCAACGGUGUGGACUCUUUGCCCCGCCCCCCCCCCCAUUUUAAGCCCACUCUGGAAGUUAGUAUACUAUGUUCUCAGCACUCGGGACUACCCACACUCAGACGUCUGCAGUGGCCUUCCAAGGUUAAUAACAUCGAUUAGCCAGACUCUACCUGAAUGGGGUCUCUAUCCAACAGUUUGUACCUUAGUAACUGUUUGCAAGGUAAGAAAGAAAAGAAAGAACAACAAAACACAACACCAAACACGUCUCCAUCAUGAGAUAUAACACAACUUACUCUUAGUGUGGUGUUUUAAAGAGACACCUUUGUACCCUUUCUUUGGCUAUAUAGACUGUUGAGAGAAUGAACCACAAGAAACUGGAAUUCCCUCAGGACUUUCAUGCCAGGAGAAGGAAAAGGCUGAAGCCUGGUACCACUAGAGGAGGACAUCUUCCAGAAAGAGAUGUCACAUAGCUGUCAGGACAAACGGGAGCCUGGACAGUGAUGGUGGGCAGGGCCACAGCUUGGCCUGCUUGGUUAGGUACACCUUGUGCCUUCUUUCUAUUUAGCCCUGAACCUCAGGCUAGGACCACCAUGAAUUCUGCAGGAUGCUGGGGGAGGGGUGGGAAUCCAGAGACCUGUUUGUUCCUCUUUCCGAGGUGACUACAUUCAAGAAAUCUUUUUGUGCUUUUCAAAAGAUAUUACACUGAGUGCUGAUGGUUAGCAUAUGGUGAUGAUGGUUAGAAAUCUUCUUGCUGUUCUAUAUCACAGAACAUGUGAUGAUCAUUAGCCAGAAAUCAACUUUCCAACCUUCCUAAUAGCAAUAAGAUGUGGGUUUAGGAACUCUUUAGAAAUAAGCUCUAAAUGUUUUCUUAUUCUUUAUUUUGUAAUGCACAUGUAUUAUUUUUAAUUAAACAUGAUUUUUGAGGUGAAACUGAAUAAAAUCAUUUGAUACUGUU